AUGGCUAAGAUUCUACCGUUACUUUUGUUCAUAUUCCUUAUUGGCACUGUUCUGUCCAUGCCUCGUGGGGGAGGUGGCGGCGGCGGAGGCGGACACGGUGGUGGAGGACAUGGUGGUGGAUUCGGAGGAGGGCAUGGAGGAGGCUUCGGCGGAGGACGUGGUGGAGGCUUCGGUGGAGGGCGCGGCGGAGGAUUCGGGGGAGGACGUGGCGGCUAUGGCGGUCAUGGCUACGGAGGCUCUGGAAGACCUGGUGUCUAUGGAGGAUUCGGUGGAGGAGGUUGGAUACCUCCGCCAGCCUUUCGAAGAUAUAGAUGGGAUGAACCUUAUUUCUUUGGCUGA